AUGGCAGACCCGAAGCUCGAGCCCGAAGUGGCUUCUCUGAUCCCAAACACCACUCUCACACCGCUACGCAUCUUCCUCUCCCUCUCGAUCCUCCUCGUCUUCCUCCUCAUCGCCUUCCUCUCCCCGCGACGGAGACUCGAGUCCCCCGUUGCUGUGCGCGCGAAGAAGAAGGGCGCGAAGACGGUUGUGCUUGUGGGGCCUUUGGCGAGUGGGAAGACGGCGUUGUUCAGCCGGCUCGUGUAUGGCAGUGCACAACAGACUCAUACGUCGAUGAGGGAGAACGAGGCGGUCGUCAAGGCCAAGUGGGGCUUUGGGGAGGACGCGGUCGUCGAGAAGGGCGAGAAGGAGGAGGUUGAGGAGCCCGCCGCCAUCGCCCUCUCGACCCCUCUGCACAUCGUCGACCUCCCAGGCCACCCUCGCCUCCGCACCCGCUCGCUCGCGCAGUACCUCCCUGCAGCAGACGGGCUCGUCUUUACGAUUGAUGGCGUGACGGGUUUGACGGGCAAGAAUGUGCGGGAUGCGGGAGAGCACUUCCAUGUCGUCCUCUCGCUCCUCGCCCUCGUCUCGAGCCGCCGAUCACGCCCGCUUCCUCCCCUCCUCAUCCUGCUCACCAAGUCCGACCUCUCCUCGUCCUCCUCGGCCGGCGGCUCGACCGCCUCAUCUCCCGCAGCAAAGACCAAGUCGCCGUCCCUCUCGAUCGACCGCGCCAAGCAGUCCCUGCUGCGCGAGCUCGAGCGGCGACGACUCGCAGCUUCGGGCGGAGGCGGUACCUCCUCGGGCAGCUCUGCGCCUCUGAGUGCGGGCGCCAAGCUCGAAGGACUCGAUGCGAUCCCUGCAGGUUCGUCGUCGUCCAAGGGACUCGUGGCGUCGCUCUUGUCCGCGCUGGGCAUCUCCUCGUCGUCCUCGUCGCCCGUCGGCGGUGCGCUCCCCGAAUCGUCUUCGGGCCUCCCCUCGGACGAGUCAGAGAUCCUCGCUCUCCCCGAAGCCGACGCGUUCGCGUUCGAGGGCCAGGCGGACUGGGACAAGCUCGAGCAGGCGGUCGGCGUCGAGAUCCAGUGGGCGACGGCGAGUGUCAAGACGGGGCGUGACGGUGUCGAGCGGGUGUACGAGUGGGUCGACGAGCUGUAG